AUGGCAUACACUGCAUCUAUUGGUUCUGAUGAACUUGUGAUGAACUUGCUGGGCCAGAGUCAGGAUACUAUUCAACAGAAAGGGGAUGAAACUCAUGUUACUUGCUACCCUGAAUUUGUUAUUCAUGUGGAUGUCAGAGUAAUUCUGAUUCCAGAAAACCAUGCUUGCUUGAAAUGCUUACAGUGCUCACGGAACACCUGUUUAACUCUAGCAGUGGUUUAUUGGGAAGGACAUGCCUUUCAAGAUCAUUCUUCAAGUUUAUGUGAUCAUCACAGAGAAGUAAAAGGAAAUGGUGAUGGUAGUGUAAUGGUGAUGGUGAAAGGAAGGCUGUGCUGGGCAACCCCACCCCCACCCCCUGCCCCAAACAAGAAAAGUACAUGUAUAAACUACCUUGCAUCUGUGUUGGAUAACCAAGUGCUGGGAAUUGGAAGUGGUUCUACAAUUGUUCAUGCUGUGCAACGAAUUGCUGAAAGAGUAAAGCAAGAGAAUCUGAACCUGGUCUGUAUUCCGACUUCAUUCCAGGCCCGUCAGCUCAUCCUGCAGCAUGGCUUAACUCUUAGUGACUUGGACCGACACCCAGAGAUUGACCUCGCCAUCGAUGGUGCUGAUGAAGUAGAUGCUGAUCUGAAUCUUAUCAAGAGUGGUGGAGGCUGCCUGACCCAGGAGAAGAUUGUGGCUGGUUAUGCUAGUCGAUUCAUCGUGAUUGCUGAUUUCAGGAAAGACUCAAAGAACCUUGGUGAUCAAUGGCACAAGGGGAUCCCCAUUGAGGUCAUCCCAAUGGCUUAUGUCCCAGUGAGCCGAGCUGUCACUCAGAAGUUUGGGGGUGUGGUUGAACUUCGAAUGGCCAUCAACAAGGCAGGUCCUGUGGUGACAGAUAAUGGGAAUUUUAUCCUGGAUUGGAAGUUUGACCGGGUGCACAAAUGGAGUGAAGUAAACACAACCAUCAAAAUGAUCCCAGGCGUGAUGGACACAGGCCUGUUCAUCAACAUGGCUGAGAGAGUCUACUUUAGGAUGCAGGACAGCUCAGUGAACAUGAGGGAGAAGCCUUUCUGUUAACUCUGCAGGAGCUGAGUCUAUUCACCUGAUUCCCCAGCCCACAUCGAGGCGGACAUGCUUCCCCGGAGCUUUUGCCUUAAUGUCUCUGUGCUGUGGACAGCUGGUGGUAGCGGGUACUGGGGGCUAAACCCAGUCUAAUGAAGUAU